AUGCGCAGAAAACUGUACUGGUACAAGCAAAAUCUGGAGAACACCCUGAGGAUGACUUCAUCGUACUUCGACAAGAGUGAGUUUUACAAUGAGUUUAAAAACAACGAUCGCUUCAAACUGGAUAACAAAGACGGGAACAAUAACUUGGAAAUUACAAAUGUACAAAUCUCAGACUCGGCUGUGUACCACUGCAUAUGUGUAGGUCACCAUAUACAUUUCUUGAUGAAUGUUUAUGUGACCAUUAAGAAUUUCAGUGCAGGACUUUGGAUAAAUCAAAUGGCGUUGGAGACAGUCAAACCAGGAAUCUCUUUGGUUCUGAACUGUAAAGUUCAUUUUGGAACAUGUGCAGGACAAUACAGGGUUCACUGGUUCAAACAGUCUGAAGAGUCUGCAGCAGGAGUCCUGUACAGUCAUGGAGGCAGCAGUGAUCAGUGUGACAACAACACCAACACUUCAACCAACUCCUGUGUGUACAGCCUCCCCAUACACAAUGUGAGCUCAGAGCAGACUGGGACCUACUACUGCGCUGUGGACGCCUGUGGACAAGUCCUGUUUGGGAACGGCACCAGGGUCAAUAUGAAAAGCUGA